CCAGUAAAAAAUGAUGUAAUUGAAGACUCAAGUAACUAAAGUACUAACUUAUUGCACCUGACAGAAUGCAGCUUGACCGAGGCAAAAGAGGAUGGUGCAACCAUUGAUAUUGACAGUCAGAAGGUUCAACACUGGGCAUUCCUGGAGCAAGGCCCCAAAGCAGCUCGCUGCUGUUCAGCAUGUUAAUACUUUCGUGGAUAUUCCUCUGCAGACUCGGAUAGGUGUCACCGCUAACGAGGCGACCGCAGGCAUGUUUUUCCUUGCCUCACCGCUUGCGCCGUGCGUGACUGGCCAUCAUGAUACACUGGAGGUAACGGGCGGACGAGGAAUCUAAUGUCGCAUUCUAAUUCAUGGCAACUAUCUGCUGUGCAGUUGUAUGAUUUUCCGAUAUUUCUUCAUUGCGACAACGAGACUUCAAAUAAUUCGC